CGCCGCCCUUUCCUUUCCUAGCCCGUUCAACCGGUUUCUAAAGCUAACCUCAACGAGAUGGCGCCCUCUGCUACCGAGACAACUGCGCACGCCGACGGUCGUGUCGGUCGCCGCAUCGAGAACUACACGCAGUUCUGGCAGAAGGACAUUAGCAAGGAGGCUUCGCACGACACCGAGAACCGUCUCGAGAACUACGUGGACGUCAUCAACGGCUACUACGAUGGCGCCACCGGCCUCUACGAGUAUGGCUGGGGCACGUCCUUCCACUUCUCGCGCUACUACAAGGGCGAGGGCUUUUACCAGGCGCUCGCUCGGCACGAGCAUUACCUCGCCUUCAAGAUGAACCUCAAGCCCGGCAUGCGCGUCCUCGACGUCGGCUGCGGCAUCGGCGGGCCCGCGCGCGAGAUCGCCCAGUUUGCAGACGUCAACAUCGUCGGCCUGAACAACAACGAGUUCCAGGUGGGCCGUGCGCGCAUGAUGACCGCGAAGGCGGGCCUGUCGGACCGCAUCUCGUACACCGUCGGGGACUUCAUGAAGCUGUCCGAGCAGUUCGGUGAGAACUCGUUCGACGCCGUGUACGCCAUCGAGGCGACCGUGCACGCGCCGUCGUGGGAGGGCGUCUACGGCGAGAUCCUGAAGGUCCUCAAGCCUGGAGGAGUUUUCGGUGUGUACGAGUGGUGCAUGACGGACAAGUGGAACCCGUCGAUCCCCGCACACAAGGAGGUCGCGCACGGAAUUGAGAUCGGGAAUGGCAUCCCGGAGAUGCGGCCGCUCGCGAUGGCGCGCCAGGCGAUCCUCGACGUUGGCUUCCAAAUCGAGCACGAGGAGGACCUCGCGGAUCGCCCGGACCCGAUCCCGUGGUACUACCCGCUCGAGGGCGACAUCCGCAAGGCUCAGACGCUCUGGGACAUGUUCACCGUGUGGCGGAUGAGCUCGAGCGGGAAGUUCGUCACCCAUCACGGGCUGUGGUUCAUCGAGAAGCUCGGGAUCGUGCCGAAGGGCACCUGGGAGGUCGGUGAGACACUGAAGAUCGCGGCGGACGCGCUCGUUAAGAGCGGGCGUGAGAAGCUGUUCACACCGAUGUACCUGGUCGUGUCCAGGAAGCCGCAAAACUGAUCCGGUCGUUGUACGUCCGGAUAUGACACCAUCGUUAGACUUUGCGCUAUCUUAGAUUGCUGUAUACCCCUCAUAAUGGUUUCUUACGUGCGCUAUUCAUUCGGC